AUGCUUUGUCAAGGACUUCGCAUCUCGGCCGUGCUCCUGCUCAUGUCCAUCAGAUCUAUGCAGGUGGGAGGCACCAAUCCGAGCACUCCGAGCGACCAGGCUUCGGCUUUCGACCUGUCAAUGUUUGAUGACAUCAAGGAAGCUUUCGGAUCGUUAGAUCCAGACAGCAACAAGUCCUACGAGAUGCAGGCGCAGGAGGCCAUUGCAAACCUCGUGAAUUCCGUGAAGAGCGUCGUUCCAGAGGAAGUAAAGGAAGAGAAGUCCUUUCUUGCAAAAGGCCAAACUUGCAAGAGGAAGUGUCAAAAGGAAAUGAAGCGGCAUUUGGGCAACACUUGUGAGCACCUCGAAUUCCGGGUGCAGGAAGCGAAGAAGGUCAACCAUGCGCAUCUUAUUGAGUCUACGGAAAAUGUUCUCAAGAUCUGCAAGCAGAGCCAGAAGCACCAUGACGAGCACUGCAAGUGGCGCUGCUGGCGUGAAGAGCUUUGA